AUGACAUUGUCCGGUUUAAGUUCACCAGCUGCAACCGUAGAAGUUGUGUCAGAAAUACAAGUUAAUGUAACUGAAUAUUUGAACGGAGCUGUUACCGCCAUUAUAGUAAAUUCAACUUUGAAAGAAACAGGCUUGUUAGCUAAUUCUACAACUACAGUAGACCUUCACUUCACAACUGACUUAUUCAACACAACGGAUUCAAAUUAUACCCCUGAUUCCAAUUCAACUGUCAACUCUAAUUAUGCCUUUGAUUCGGACUAUACCACUGAUCCAACUUUUAAUUAUACCCUCGAAUUCAGCAUGGCAUCGACUAACUGGACCGAAGGAAAUACUACAACUGAAACGCCAAGGAAGAUUAUUAUCGUCAACGAUAACAGUCCCCCAAAACAACCAACUUUGAACGAGACUUCAACUUCCCAAGAGUUAGAAAAUAAACUGAAUAAAGCGGAGAAGAUUGGAGCUAUUGUUGGCAGUCUAAUGGCUAUUUUCGUUCUUGCAGUUAUUAUCGCAAUUUACUUUUUGUACCGGAAGCAUUGA